GCGCGGCCGGAAGGGGCGGCCCAGUCGCCCCGGUGACAGGAGGCCGAGAUGGCGGCGCGGGAGGCGGUGGCGAGCGCCAGGCUUUGAAUGAGGGGCGGCCGGAGGCUGCGCUUUGGCCGCCUCGGCGCCCGGCGGCCCCCCCCCGGCCGGGGCAGGGCAGUAUUGGAGCAGCCUACCUAAUGACCCACCUUCCUGACUCUUCCUAACUUAAAGCCUGGAAUAUAAAAAGUGAUUUAAAUGCCAUAGCGUAUCUGAAAUCAAGCUGUCCUUCCAUGGAAUACUCAUGGCCUGAGGAAGAUGUCACAGGGCUGCCUUCUCUUCUCACCAGGAGGAAGGGUUUCUCAUCAUGGCCAUAACACAGUUUCGGCUCUUUAAAAUCUGUACUUGCCUGGCAGCUGUGCUUUCUUUUAUUAAAAAGUUAAUAUGCAGGUCUGGAAGAGGGCGAAAAUUAAGUGGAGACCAAAUAACUUUGCCAACCACAGUGGAUUAUUCAUCUGUUCCCAAACAGCCAGAAGUAGAAGACUGGUCUUCAUGGGAUGAGGAUGCACCCACCAGUGUGAAAAUUGAAGGUGGCAAUGGUAAUGUGGCAGCUCAGCAAAACCCUUUGGAACAAAUGGAACCUGAUUAUUUCAAAGAUAUGACACCAACUAUAAGAAAAACUCAAAAAAUAGUUAUUAAAAAACGAGAACCUUUAAAUUUUGGGAUUCCAGAGGGAAACACAGGAUUCUCUAGCAGAUUAGCAGCUACACAAGAUAUUCCUUUUAUUCACCAGUCUCCUGAACUGGGAGACUUGGAUACUUGGCAAGAAAAUACAAAUGCCUGGGAAGAAGAAGAAGAUGCUGCCUGGCAGGCAGAAGAAGUUCUUAGGCAACAGAAGAUAGCAGAAAGGGAAAAACGAGCAGCAGAACAACAGCGGAAGAAGAUGGAGAAAGAGGCCCAAAGGCUAAUGAAAAAAGAACAAAACAAAAUUGGUGUAAAACUGUCCUAACAGAAACGACGCAUCGGUGGCAGUGCCAGUGGGAAAAGAGAAUUCCAGCUCUACAACAUGCGUAUUGGUAUUGAUAUAAGUAUUUCCAGGACUUCAGCACACUGCUCGGUUUCAAUGCAUUCUUCAGGUCAUUCUUGGAAGCCAGAAUUCUCCCAAAGUAUCUUGAACUGCUAGUAGAUGAUUCUUUAAGGAGGAAAACAAAAUCACAAAAAACAAAACACACACACAAAGUCAUGCCUUGGUGAAAUGAAGUUUCCUACAAUAGUUCUAUUCUAAUACCCUUCUUUGCAGCAAAAUUGAUUGAGCAAGGAUGUUGAUUGAGAGAGACUCCUAAUGAACAGCUCAAGCCUAGAGAAAAGAAUGUAAAUAUUCAGUGGUGGGGAACCUACUGUAUUGUCUGUGCUUACCUGAAACAUGUAAUUAAACAGUUUUAAAUAAC